GCUGAGUUUCAGUCCAAACUAAUCUCUGUCUCUAUCAGAAGAAAAUUCAACUGGCCUUCUUCAAAAGCUGACUGAAAUACUGCGCAAACAUGCCUGAUGCCAACAAUCUGCAAUCUAAAGACCAGUUUCUGUGCUCCAUCUGUCUGGAUGUGUUCACUGAUCCAGUCACCACAUCUUGUGGACACAACUUUUGCAAACACUGCAUCACUCAGCACUGGAAUACUACCGAACGGUGCCUGUGCCCCAUGUGUCAAAAGGUUUUUGAAACUAAACCUGAACUGGACGUCAACACUUUGUUCUCUGAGGUCGUUGCUAAAUUCAAACAUGAAGCUCAACAGAGAGUUUGUAGCAGCAGCAGCUCAGAGCAACAAGCUGCCAAACCAGGAGAGGUUCCCUGUGACGUCUGCACUGGACGCAAACCGAAGGCCGUGAAGUCCUGCCUGGUGUGUCUGCUCUCCUACUGUGAGACUCACCUGGAGCCUCAUCUGACCAAGUCAGGCCUGAAGAGACAUCAGCUGAUGGAGCCUGUGGAGAACCUGGAGGACAGGACGUGUAUGAAGCAUGAAAAACCUCUGGAGCUUUUCUGUAAGACCGACCAGACAUGUAUCUGCGUGCUCUGCUCAGUUUUAGACCACAAGACUCAUGAGUGUGUUCCUCUCAAGGAAGAAUGUAAAGAACGGAAGGUAGAGCUGGCGAACACAGAGGCUGAAUUUCAGCAGAUGAUCCAGAGGAGACGACUGAAGAUUGAGGAGAUCAAACAGUCAGUGAAGAUCAGCAAAGAUGCUGGAGACAGAGAGAAGUCAGAAGGUGUUCAGGUGUUCACUGCUCUGAAGAAGUCUGUGGACAGAGGCCUGAUCAAGUUCAUGAACGAGGUGGAAGAUGAACAGAAAGCAGCAGAUAAACAGGCUGAAGAUGCCAUCAAAGAUCUGGAACAAGAAAUCUCUGAGCUGAUGAAGAGGAGCUCUGAGGUGAAGCAGUUCUCACACUCUGAAGACCACAUCCACCUCCUACGGAGCUUCUCAUCCCUGACAGCUGCUCCACCCACCAAGGACCAGACAGAGGUCAGCGUCCGUCCUCCAUCAUAUGAAGGGACUGUGGCAAGAGCUGUGGCUCAGCUGAAGAAGACACUCAGACAAGAAAUUAAGAAGCUGCUCACUGAGGCUGAGCUGAAGAGGGUCCAGCAGUUUGCCGUUGAUGUGACUCUUGAUCCUCAAACAGCACAUCCUUACCUCAUCAUGUUUGGUGAUGACAAACAAGUGAUGCAUUGGAAUGUGAAGAAGAAGCUUCCAGACAACCCAGAGAGAUUUUCUAAAUGUGUUAAUGUUUUAGGAAAGCAGGGUUUCUCUUCAGGUAGAUUUUACUUUGAGGUUGAGGUUACACGAAAGACUGACUGGACUUUAGGAGUUGCCAGAGAGUCGAUCAACAGGAAGGGACUGAUCACGCUGAGACCUCAGGACGGUUUCUGGACAGUCUGGUUGAGAAAUGGAAACGAGUUCAAAGCUUGUGCUGACCCUCCAGUCUGUCUCUGUGUGACGUCUGGUCCUGAGAAGGUGGGAGUGUUUGUGGAUUAUGAAGAGGGUCUGGUCUCCUUUUAUGAUGUAGAUGCUGCAACUCUUAUCUACUCCUUCACUGGCUGCUCCUUCACUCAGAAACUCUUCCCAUACUUCAGUCCCGGUAUUAGUUAUGGUUUUAGAAACUUUAUACCUCUGAUCAUCUCUCCUGUGAAUCAAACUGACAAGGCAUCAAACACACAAGUUCAGAGGGUUAAGCAAAACACUAACCAAAUGUGAACGAGGCAUUCCUCACAGGUAAAGAAGCUCUCAGCAGCAAAUCUCUAGUUUGAUUUCAAACUGGUUUUUCUGGAAUUUCUCCCAAUUUACUGUCUGAGGAAGGCAGAAAACGAAUAAUCUUUAAAAAAAAAAAAAAAACACUUGCUGUGAUUCUGGGCAAACCUUUCAUCUAAAUAUCAUUAUCAGUUCAGUCUUUAUGAGCAACUAUAAUCCAGAUUUUUUUUUUUCAUGUUGGAUUUUUACAGUUUACAUGUAGAUGUACAUUCAUUAUUGUUUGAUAUGAUGAUACAGUCCUACAAAAUCAUGGUGUCCUGAGCUGAAAUAUUUCACUCAAUGUCUCAUAUACCAUCACAAGAUGAAGAGAUCUGUGCUGAAAAUUAAUUUUGCCUCCAGGUUAAAGACUCCUAAAAGGAAAGGCUUUGGGAAAAAAAUUGAUUUUACAGUGAAAUGAAUGUAUUUAUACGCACUUUUGGGAUAACCGUGUAAAGGUACAUUUGAACUUUUCAUUGUGGGUAAUGUGUAAAUGUUUGCUGCCCUCAUCGCAGAGGCAAUGGUGGAGGUUUAUGCAGUUAUAUAGUGGGUGGAUUACAGUGUUGAGUUUUUAAUUUUGUUUUUUGUUGUUGUUGUUGUUGUUGUUGUGGUGGUGGUGGGUCGGAGGAAACCUUUGUCUCUUAGUACUAUUAAGUGUUGCUAUUUCAAAUGUGAUGAUUCAAGAAAAUAAAUACUCUGUUUCUUUC